UUUAUCAACAAUUAAUAUUUUUAUAUUCUCCACUUAUUACUAAUUAAAUCACUAGUUGAAUUUGAGCACUCGUAGUUCAAAAAUCAAAAUCACUUCAAACUCUGAAAUCGGAAAAUCAAUUCGAAAUCAGCAAAGAUAAGAAGAAAGGUUCACAAAAGUUCAUUAUCUCCUUCAACUCUGAAAGAUGUGUGGAAAAAGAGGCUGAAUCUGAAAAUCAAUUCAACACCGGCAAACUAAAGAAGAGAAUUGCACAAAAAGGGGAAUAGAAGCAUAACCAUGGCGGAGGCCGAAAUCAUAGGGGUGAUACAAGGUCUCGAGAGUUCGCAUGUUACAUGUACAGAUAUCCGCGGGCGCUUGCUUAUCGAGUUCAAAAUUCGAGUGCUGAAAGAGAUGUUGGAUUUCUUGAGAGAAUUUACAAUGGAAAAGAGGAGCAGGCUGAAAUAUUUAAUGGCUGACUUGGCCGAUUUGGCGAAAGAUGUCAAGGACGUGGAAAUUUUUGAUUACCGCUAUUGUCCCGAGUAUGCGAACAUCAAAGAUGAGAUCAAGAUGGCAAAGAUGCGGAUGACAAACUUUGGAGCUGAUGAGAAAAAUGUUGGAGACGAAGAAGAAGCAGAAGAAGAGGAAGUUGUGGUGGGGUUGGAGAAAGACGUGAAGCAGUUGCUUGACAGAGCGAUUUUUAAAAAAUCUGAUGUCUUACAGAUUUUUUGUAUAAAAGGCAUGAUUGGUAUCGGGAAGACAACUCUGGCCAGACAAGUGUACAAGGCCGGGGCUGGCCAGUUCCAGCGUCGUGCCUGGGUAUCCAUUUCUAGUGGCACGAGUAACAAAGAGAUACUUAUGAAACUGAUUCAGCAAAUGGUGGACGGAUAUGAAGGAGAUCCGUCAUUGGAAGAAAUGGACAACCGGAGUCUCCAACGGAUGCUUCGCCAACACCUGCAGGACAUGUCAUAUUUCAUAGUUCUCGACAAUAUGCCGAAAGAAAUGAGUUUGAGGUCCAUCUUGAAAGGUUUUCCAUCUCAAGGCCUUACUGGAAGCAGGUUGCUGUUUACAAGUUGCUAUGAGUUUGGAACAACCGAUGUCAACUAUACUCAUGAGAUGAAAGCUUUGGAUUCUGAUAAGAGCUGGAAAUUGUUUUUGAAAACAAUUGAUAAAUUUACAAGUGCUGAGAAUAAAUUCUCCAAGGAGUUGGAGAGGAAGGGCAGAGAGAUGCUGAAAAAAUGUGGUGGUUUGCCGAUGGCUAUAAUAGAUGUUGCAAAGCAGAAAGCAAAACAAAGACUUUCGGGGAUUGAAUGGGAAGAGCUUUUUGAUUCAAUUGAUUUGAGUGAAUCAGUGAAGUUAUUGGAACCAAUGUAUCAUGAAUUGGAAGAAGAUAUCAAGACGCAGUUCUUGCAUUUGUCCCUUUUUAAGGAAAAUGCAAUAAUUAGACAAGAAAAGUUGGAACAGAUUUGGGCUGCAAAUGGAUUAAAUUUUGUAGAAGUUACAUCGGAUUUUGCUCGUAGAUCGAUUCUUGAAGUCGUGAAGAUGCACUUUCAGAGAAGAAACUGUCGUCUUAAUUCUCUAUUACACAUGUUAUCAGUCAGAAAAGCAGAAGAGGAAAUGGGCUUAGAGAUCUUAAGGGGCAAUGGAAACAGUAGGCCCUCGCAGAAUGCCCGUCAUCGUGUUAUCCAUUGUGGCAGAGACAAGUUUAAUCAUUUCACGAAUGAGGAUAGCAACCAACUUAUUUCUCUCAUCUUCCAUGGAGGUGGUGGCUACUUGGACGACACUAGCUCGUCUUAUUGGGAGAAUUUCAAAUUAAUCAAAAUACUUGACAUGGAAGAUUUUGGGUUGAAGACUUUAUCCGACACAAUCGGUGCAUUGGUUGAGUUAAGAUACUUGGGAUUGAGAAACAAUUACUUACAAGAGAUCCCACACUCGUUGGCGGAUCUGGAAAAGCUUGAGGUUCUUGAUAUAGCUCUGAACUUUAUGGUGGUGGUGCCGGAUAUUAUAUGGCAAAUGAACAACCUUCGUGAUCUCCACAUGUCUAAUGCGAUUUUCCAGAAGCCUUUGAAAGUAGAUGUGAUGCAGAAUCUGGAGACCCUAGAAUACAUCUCGAUUUAUGAUUGGACAUGUGAGGGCCAGGGCUUGAAAACAAUGUAUUCCUUCCAAACGUUGGGCAUUGAAGAAGUUGAUGAAAACUCGGACGUAGGCACACUCUUAGCAACACUAGCUAAGAUUCCGAACCUAAAUUAUCUUUUCUUAAGAGGAUUUCGAUUUAGAAGCAUGCGGUGUUUGGAUGAAAUAGGUGUUUUACAUGGACUGAGGGUACUAAAACUAGAAGGGCGUAUAGGUAGGCUACCAAGUGCAGAUAAUAUACCUUAUGUGAUUACCUACAUAGCAUUGGUAAAUACUUGUCUUGAUGAAGAUCCGAUGCCGAUAUUAGAGAAGCUCAGUUGCCUAAGCCACCUCAAACUGCGAAAUGCAUACACUGGUCGAGAUAUGGUGAUCCAACGGGGCGGAUUUCCCUGGCUGGAAGUGCUUUGCAUGAAUGAAUUGUGGAAUCUUAGAAAGAUACAAGUCGAUGAUGAUGAUGCAAUGUCGCGUGUAAAGGAACUAGAAAUCAAUAGUUGUCCACAUCUGGAGACACUCCCGGAACAAAUUGGGAGGAUGUCUGGACUGAAAAAGUUUAAGAUGGUGACAACCAAACACAUUGCAACAAAGAUCAGAAAUUCAGGUUUGACCUCCGAAAUUUUUGAGGUGGAUAUCUAUCCAUAGUUUGAAGUUGUAGAAGGUGCAAUGUAGACCGAUACGUGUACCUCGACGAGCGGCUGAACUCACCAGCUCGGUCAUUUCUUCACCACCGGCCGUCGCCAGACCUUGUUGCAAACUUCAUCAACCACUGUAUCUUUAUGAUUUUGUCCUUUAUUUUUGGUAUCUAAUUUGUUUGAAUGUAUCGUGUCGAACAUAAUAAUAAGGCUCCGUAUUUUCUUUGUUGGUUUU